UGCAAUGCAAAACGUGUUGUUGUUUAGCGUUUCAAUUGAAUUGACGAUUAAAUGAAUGGUUUGUCAAUUGAAUUCACAACAAGUGAUGGAUUCAAACAAUUAUAACGAAGUGUUCACUCAAUUAAGCCAUAAAUUCAACACUUAUUGCGAAGAAAAGGAUUCAUUUUUAGAAGUGAGUUCACAGAAAUGGCAACAAUUGAGUGAAUUAACCAAAAGUUUGUUUGAUUUAAACAAACGAUUGAUUAGUGAAGACAUCACUCAAAAGGCGACCAAAUUAUCGGUUAAGAAAUCACUGAAUGAGUUGUUCACAGAUGGCUUCGAUGACGAGCAGGUGUGGCAACAGAUCCAACUCCAGAACAGACCCAUUCUCCAGAAGUUGGUCACACAUGUGGCCAAUAUAUCUGCCAAACAGACUUCGUUGACACUCAAUGUCUACACCACUGCGAGUGACAGUCCAUCCAUUGCUCCGCACAAUGGGGUCAAUGAAGGAGACGAUGAUUCGUUUGAUGCCAACGAAGAACUGUUUUCUGAAGAAUCUAUUGAUGAAGAAGACGAUGAAGAAGAAGAAGAUGAGACAACGACAAAGCCAUCAAAUGCUAAACCGUCUAAACCUAUGCCGAAGUCUGUUGUGGACGACGUGUUCUUCAAUUUGCAUGAAAUGCAUGUCUUCUUAGACAACGAGGACUUAAAAGAGGAGAAGAAGACGUCUGGAAAUGAAGAACUCAUGAGUGAAGAGAGCGAUGAAGACAUCGACUAUUUUAAUGAUUUAGAUGACGAAGAGGAGGAAGAAGACGAAGAAGAGUUAAAUGGAAGGGAAGCCAUGUUUAAUGACUUCUUUGAUCCGCCGAUCGGUGAAAGUGUUGUGAAGAGUGUUGAAGAACCUAAUGAUGAGGAAUCUGAUGACGAAUCAGAUGAUAGGUCUGAUGGAAGUGAUGACAAUAUCGACACACGAGAUGUUGAUAUGAAUGAACUUAAUCUGAAAGACAAGACCAAAGACAUAGACAUAGCAUUGGAUGAGAGCAGUAGUAGUGAUGAGGAAAACGAACCCUUUUAU